UCUCGAAAGCAGAAAUGCUCAACUGGUGGUUUUGCUCCUGCUCUGGAGAGCUGUGGUGCCGCGGGGUAGAGAGAGGCCUGAGUAACUGGGCAGCACAGAGCGGUACACAAGAUUGGUAUUGUGGCUGUGGAGGUAACUAAAUGACCAUGGAAUCUGGAGCAGAGAACCAGCAGAGUGGAGAUGCAGCCGUUACAGAGGCAGAAACCCAACAGAUGACAGUACAGGCACAACCACAGAUUGCAACGUUAGCCCAGGUAUCUAUGCCAGCAGCUCACGCAACAUCUUCUGCACCCACGGUGACCUUAGUUCAGCUGCCCAAUGGGCAGACAGUUCAAGUGCACGGCGUAAUUCAGGCUGCCCAGCCAUCAGUUAUUCAGUCUCCACAGGUCCAGACAGUUCAGAUCUCAACUAUAGCAGAAAGUGAAGACUCACAGGAAUCAGUGGACAGUGUCACAGACUCACAGAAACGGAGAGAAAUUCUUUCCAGACGACCCUCCUACAGAAAAAUUUUGAAUGACUUGUCCUCAGACGCCCCAGGAGUGCCAAGGAUCGAAGAGGAAAAGUCUGAAGAGGAAACAGCAGCACCUGCCAUCGCCACUGUUACGGUGCCAACUCCCAUUUACCAAACCAGCAGUGGGCAGUACAUUGCUAUUACGCAAGGAGGAGCAAUUCAGUUGUCUAACAAUGGCACAGAUGGAGUACAAGGUCUCCAGACAUUGACAAUGACCAAUGCAGCUGCAACACAACCUGGCACUACCAUUUUGCAAUAUGCACAGACCACAGAUGGACAACAGAUACUUGUACCCAGCAACCAAGUUGUUGUACAAGCUGCCUCGGGAGAUGUGCAGACCUACCAGAUUCGCACCGCCCCAACCAGCACCAUUGCACCGGGAGUAGUCAUGGCAUCAUCUCCAGCACUUCCAACCCAGCCAGCAGAAGAGGCCGCACGGAAGAGAGAAGUGCGUCUAAUGAAGAACAGAGAGGCAGCACGUGAAUGUCGCAGGAAGAAAAAGGAGUAUGUGAAAUGUCUAGAAAAUCGUGUGGCUGUGCUUGAAAACCAAAACAAGACACUGAUUGAGGAGUUGAAAGCACUUAAAGACCUUUACUGCCACAAAUCAGAUUAACUUUGGAUUCCCAUUUUCCAGGUGGGAUGAGAGACUGGUUCUGGCUAUACCCAGAAAGACAAAGUAAACUUUUUAUUUUCUAAACAUUUCUUUUUUUCUAUGCGCAAAACUGCCUGAAGCAACUACAGAAUAUACUUCGUCUGUGCUUUGCAUCAAACUGUGAAUGUUCAAAUACUUGCCUCCACUUCUCCCCCUACAAGAUUAUUUUCAUCGUCAAAUAAUCUCAACGUGAAGAAGAACAGGCUUCUUUCUCAUCUCCCAUCCUCUUCAAGGAGUUAAAAUGGUCACUUGGGAAGUUACUGCGGGGGAGGGUCCUUUUCUAAUGACGUCAAGAAUUUGUGCUGAGCUCUUUCCAUUGCCUUAGAGACAGAACUACCCCAGCCUCUUGGCCCAGAGAGCUGUGGGCCACAUAUGUGAAGCACGCAUGGUGCAGUGAAAAAGCAGUGGUUGCCAAAGUGGUUUCUCAUACUUAUUUUAAGCUAUAAAAAUAUGUGUCUAGGUGGCAUGCCAAAUGAAAGGCACUUCACAGUCACAUUCUGCGUGUGGAGCUAAAAUACCUUUUUAAACUAGUCCAGGAGGGGUUCUUAUAAGUAAUCUACAUCACUAGUCCUUCCUGAACUAGUGAAAACUCCAUACCUCAGACACAAAUGGAUUGAAAUAAGCUUCACUGUUCAGUUGUUGCUUCUUGGAGCGUAGUGUGUGCGAAUGUGUUCAGCAUUCUGAAUGCACAAGAAAAAAAACAUUGACUUCAUAUGUUACUGGUUGGCAAACAGUAUUUGAAUGGGAAAGGAAUCAGAAUAAAAAAGGUACAGUAGUGAUGCUUGGUAAACAGUCACAUAAUAAGGCUAACACAUGAAAGCACUGCCUAUUUAUAUGCAGAACAACUAAGCAGUUGAAGCAUGGCCAACUCCACGUACAUACUCCCUGAUCACAGUAUAGUUUGUCUGAUGUCCUCUUAAGCAAUCACGUAUUUCUAUUUCCCUACCACUAUCAUAUGUAAUGGAAAUUAUUGAAUUUGAUAGAAAUAUUGUCCUGGUUUACUUGAUUAUUUUUCAAAUUUGGAGGAUGUUUUCCAUGCAUAAAUUAAAUUGCAGUAUGGUAACUGCCAGGACAACAUCAAAUAUUGAAGGGGACCUCAGACACAAAUAUUCCAACCGGCUUCUGCUUCUCAAGGGACAAUAUUAAUUAUUGAACUUGCCCGGGCUAAAUAAAUUCUUAAUUUAUUGAGAGGAUUUUUUCAUGCGGAGGGUCAGAUUUAUCAAGUUAUUAAUGUAAGUAGAACUACUUACCUGCCUCAGAUUUUUGCAAGAUCAGACUUCUUGUUUGUACUAAGGAAACGUUUCUGGAUUUACAUUGUUAAAAAAGAAAAUAAUGUUAAAAAUAAUACUGUAAUCAGCAUUAGGACUUCGAUUGUGUGUCAGAAAGAAUCACACUCUGUUUGUUUCCUGGCCUCCUGGAGCCAGGCUCUUCAUAUAUUAACUUGAGUCAUUUGACGGAGUAAGUUUACUUUGGGCCUCUGGUCCAACUUCUACGUAUAGAGACGUAUGAAUAAGACUCUGGUCCGUACUAACGCCUUGCCUAGCAAAGUGUUAGCUCAUAUUUUUUCCCAUUCACUCUAUCUGUUUUUAAGAUAAAUUUCAAAGAUGAAUUUCUAAGAGGUUAUACAAUCAGUGUGACGUUGCAAGACUCUUGGCAGUUGAGUCUCGAACAACUAAGCAGUAUUAAAAGUUGUAGUUUUCUCAUUUGAGAGGGCAUUCAGUUUCCAAGAGACUUUUAAAGAAGCAGGGUUAAACUUGUAGCAUUAUUUUUAAAUCUAGAGUUAUCAAUAAUUUCAGAUUGUAUUUCAAAUAAGAGAUCAUAAGUAUCAGAAUUAUGAAAGAAUUCAUUUUCAAAUUAAGUCUUGAGGGGGUUUAUAAAUUGUCUAUUUUUAUCUGCCAUAGAAAACCGAUUUUCAUUUUUAUUUAACAGAAGAUGAAUUUAUUAGUUUAGCAAUGGAAAUUUAAAGAAGACCCUAAGUUCUCAGCCUCGCUUACCUAAAAAUUGUCUGAUUCUUAAAGACAGAAAACACAUGCAUUUUUGACGGUUUCCAGUUCUUCAGAACUAACACUAGAAAUGUUGAUGAUGCAGGCGUAGUUCUCAUCAAAUAUGUAAGCUUAUGAUGGCUUAAUUGACAGAUUUACACGGAAUGGUUCCUCCAGCUUUGAGAAUUGUGUAAAAGGCCAUGAGUGCCUGUGUUAAGGCUGUUUGUUUUGCAGAACCAUCUGUGUGCAAAAGCUCGAGGUUCUGUACUGAACCUCUGUGAGACUAGCUGGGAACUGGGGGAUGCUCCUAGCCAUGGCCAUGGGCACUCGUGGGCAGUCCCAGCACACAGCCUGGCAGUGCAUGGACCAGGAGCCUACAGCUGGACCUGGACCUGUUUCUUCUGUUACAUGGCUGAACCAAAUCUGUGUGGCAGUGAGAGGAGAACUGCAUUACCCGUCUGUCUGUGUGUGGUCUGUGAGUAGUCUAUCGUGUCAUUACUGUAGACUGCAGUAGCAACAAACAUUUCACUGAGAAAAAGAAUGUUAUUUUAACAUAUAUAGGCAUCUCCAAGAAUCUUUAUUUUUAUUUACGCUGCACUGAGGAUUUAAGGACUUGAAUUUCUUAAACAGAAGUUUUUAAUGACGAUGAUAAAAAAUGUAUUAGGCAGAGUACAGGUCUGGCUAGGUUUACCCAUACAUGCUUUACUAUUGAUAGUGACCCAAAAGGGGAAAGAAUACGAUUCAGACAUUUGCUGAUGUGCUACUUACCAAGUAGUGAGAUUGGGGUAAUCAGCUUCUAUAAACUAAGGCCAUUUGGAAACAGGACAGCGGUAGUGCUGGCGGGGGGGAAGGUUAGUUUUAUAUCUCACAAUCGUGAGUUUUCUUGAGCUGAUAGCCUGUUUUACCUGAGGAGAGGGUUAGAAAGGGCUAGAUCCAUUAUGUUCAUAAUAAACGAGGAUUGAUUUGAAAUAUAAUUUUUGUAAUGUCAUUAUUUUGCAAAACUACAGCACCGGUCAGGCAGUUAAGAUAUUGUCAGAGGUGCUCUUUUAAUUUAGAUAUUCUUGGAAAAUACAUAUGUAUAAUAUAUGUACAUAUAUAUAUAUACACACAGUAUAUAAUCUACAGCUCUGAGAGCUUUUAAGUCAGGAAUGCUGAGUAUUAUAGUAUAUGGAGGUCAGAAAAAAUUUUUACUUCUGUGUGCGUCUGGGUGUGUGUGUGGGUGUGUGCGUGUGUGUGAAAGCUUCCCCCUGCCCAGUGCUUCUGGGCUGCAUUAUUCUAGCGCUUAUUACUGAUUUGUUUUGUGCUGUUUCUCAGUUAUCCAUUUUUGAGAAUUGUAUUUCAUUUUUCAUGGCUUUUGUGAGUUGGUUUGUUUUUAUUUUUUUUUUGACGGAGAUUUUUGAAAUGAUGUAAACAGUUGUUUUACAACAGCCACCACCCCCAAGAAUAACUCACUUUUGUGCUUUUCCUCUUUGGCAGCUAUAUAUCAAAGGCAAAACAAUUGGAAUGGUUGUUGAGGUGUUGCUUUUUAAAGGAACCACUGGUAAGACUUCUGUUUUCCUCCUAGAGUAGCAGCAGUGCAUUUGUAUGUAAGCAGCGAUUUCACCAGAAGCAGGUAGUUGCUGGCACCAUUGCUUGUAUCUGAAAGCACAAUUGUAGCCUGUCACGCUGUCAGGACUGUACAGACUCCUGUAGGUUCUGGCUCUUCUGUAGGUUGUGUUUGUGUCGCAGACCACUAUCUUCUCUGGUACUUUACAUUGAUCAGAAAAUCGGUGGGGCGUUUGGAAUCAUUAAGAGGCUCAGGAAAAAAAAAGUUAGAUUUAAUAAGGAAAACAGCCCUGAUAGUUUCUGAUCAAAAUUUGUACUACAGUCUUGUUUUGUUUUUUAAAUCUAGGCUUCCAGUAGACAGCAGCUGCAAGUAGUCAUCUAAGCAAAAACUGGCCUUUGCCUUUUUAUUAUGUUAGACAGAGAGCCAGUGCUUUUUGUGGGCUAAAGACUGGUCUCUGCAUCACAGCAAGUUCAUUAUCAGUGGUUGCAAAUGCAUGACAAUUCAUAGGGGAUGUCAUUGGUUUUCUAAGACCCUGUUUUUAUUGUCAUUUUUUACCCUGAAGGUGGUUAGUGAUGUCGCAUUUGCCAAUGAUCUAACCAAAAGGUCAUGUAUUUAUUUUUGUUACACGAUAUCCUUUGUAAAUGUUUAAUUAAAAUGUGCACUUUUUAAAUAAAAAUAAUAAUAAUAAAAAAGCAUAGAAAAAAAAUAAGAAAAAUUGGGUUUGCUUAAGAAGCUCCCGGGCACAAUUGCUGCGAUCCCGCUGCCUGCACACAAUUCACUCCUCUCCCCACAGCAGUUGGCUCUUUCACCAGUGUAACUUGCUGAUCAGCACCUGGCUUCCAACAGGCACUGCUUCAGACUGGCAGGAGAUGUGAGUGGGUGGUACUGAAGAUGGCAAAGAAUUAAGUGUGUGGUGUCUCAGAGCAGUAGGUACAGGAUGGAUGUGGCAUUAUUUUUAGACAGAGUAGAACAGGUUCAGUGAUCCCAGGUGAGAAAGGGAGAUAACUCAGAAAGAAAGCCCGACUCUUUCUCAGCCUCUUUAUUCCCCUUAAUUUGAGAUUUAGCUGCACAUUUUAAAAGCUGCAUUCCAAGAAAAUAAAUCAAAACGCUUUAUAAAUCUUUGACACCGGGAAUUAAAGGUAUGCUGACAGUGUGUCACUUUGCUUUAAAAGAAAAAAAGCACAACUAACUUAUUUGUGCAGAAAUGAUAAUUUAGCUAUAAUCCUGAAAUCUGUCACAGUAAGCAGGUUUUUUAAAGCAUACAGUACUUUCAUGGUUCUCAUGUACUGUGCCUGGGAACUCAUUUCCCUGAGUUUUUGUAUUUGCUGGCUGUAAAAGACUGAUUUUGCAGAAACCUGAAUGUAUUGUGAAGCUCAGCUGAAGUCCUAUCUGCUGUGUGCUGGUGGCAGGUUCAGGAUUGUGGAUAGACACGGCUUAAAUCUGUGCAUCUUUUAGGGAAAGGGACCAGAUCCAGGUGGUAAGGGGGCUUGCAUUUUAAGUGUUUUGUCUUGGAAUGUACUUUUUACAUGUACUUAAGCUCUGUCCUGCAAAGACUUGCUCUGGCUAUUUUGUGUAGCACGAAUUGAAGACAGUGACCUGUUCUGGUGCUACAAGUGCAGUUCUUGGCCUGUAGUCCACGGCGGUGAGUCUAGGUCUCACUUUCACCAGCAAGGAGGAAGAAUAGCCAGCUGUCCUCGGGAGCUGUGUGCUGACAGGGAAAGGGGCAGAGAGCAGCCAUAGUGAUCCAUGGUUAGUGCUCCUCUGUGAGCUGAGCCUUUGCUGUUCUCAUUGCUUGGGAGCAGUCAGUUCACUGAGUCUCAGCUUCAGCAAUCUAUUUCUCUAAAUUAGGGAAUAGCUGAGUGAGAGCAAGGGGAAGGUCGUGAGCUGGUCAGUUGUCUGGAAAUGGCCACCGUUAAGAACUGAGGGUAAAUGGAUGCUCUCCACAAGCUGUGUUUUAUCCAGGUGCCACUCCAUUUUUUUUUGUGUGUGUGUGUGUGUGUGUGUGUAAUAACAUUUAUUUAUAUUAAAACAUAAAGUUUAAAAAUUCUGAACUGCAACUUUGUAUGAGAUUUAAUGCUGUGCUGCUGAUAUGGACUUCUAUGGAUGCGAUGGGGAACAGGGCAAAAAGAGGUGCUCGUUGGCAGCCAGCCCCUCCACAGACUUGUCCACAGAUCAGUUGUUCACUUCAAAAAUGAGUUUCUGGUUGUCUGGAUUUAUAAUUUAAAAUUGUUUUGGAACAGUGUUUUUCAGGGAAGCUUCUGGACAAGAGUUAUUGUUCUCCCUUUGUAAUGUAUGCUGGAAAGGGCAAGUUCACCUCAUCUGCAUUUCUGGUUCUUUACCCAAACCAUGUUAGUACAGGACAGGGUAUUUGAGCUCAACUCCCACGUACCUGUGGAAGUUAAAAGACUGAAAGAAAAUCCACUGUUGGGGGAAAAUAAAUCCUUUUUUACCUUUUCCCAAAGAUCUAGAAACAUCCCUGUUGUGUUUAUUUUUUUUACUUAUUUUUUGUGCUUUAUCUGUGUUUAAAAAAAGAAAAAAAAAAGCUGUACUGGGUUAUAAUGCAUUUUAUUAACACUAUGUACAUAUUAGCUGCUUUAUGUUUCAGAAUGGUAGUAAUUGCUUUGUAUAUUAAAGUGAUUCUUGUGAAUUUGUGAA